AUGCCUAAGCAUCGUUGGCGUGGGUCUCUCCAGUCUUUCUUCGGGAGCCACAUUGACUCAGAAAAAGAUGAGGAGCUUAAAGGAACAAGAACAGAAAUAGAAGGCAAAGUGCAGCAGAUCUUAGCGGCUCUCAAAGAAGAGGAUAACAAAGGAAAAGAGCCACUGAUUAAUCUGAUUACGGAUUUUCACAAUCAUUAUCAAUCCCUUUACGCGCGCUAUGAUUACCUGACGGACGAGCUGCGAAAAAAAGCAACCGGUAAAAAAGGAGAUGACAGCUCCUCGUCCAGCUCAGAUUCCUCAGACUCGGAAGAUUCUCCAAAUAAAAAGGGCAAAAAGAAUGAUUUUGAAAACGACACAGCUGGUGUCAAGCAAGAACUCGAGCUGGCACUUUCUGAGAUGACUGAACUGAGGAGAAAGCUGACAAUCAUUUCAGAAGAAAAGGAAACAUUGAGUCGGGAGCGUGGAAGCGCAUUGAGCAAAAUCGAGGAGGCGGAGAAGAUAAUAUUGGAGUUAAAUGGUGAAGCUGAGAAGUUCAAAAGUGAGAAUUCAAGAUUAUUGGCUGAAAAUGAGGACCUGGUCAAAGAGCUUGAGAGUUUGCGUAAGUCGCAAGGUGAGACGAGCAAGAAGCUGGAGGAAGUGAUUCUAGAGAGAGAUGCUGGUGUUUUGAAAGUCGAGGAGGAGAAGGUGAACACGAAAAAUUUGAGCAUUAUUAAUAGCCAGUUGCAAAACGAGAAAGAAGCCAUACAGCUGGAACUGGAAGCACUCAAGGGAGAUUUCUCUAGUUUAAGGGAGAAAUUAGGUUCUGCAGAAAAUGAAGUUGAAAAGCUGAGUCGAAUGCAGAAGGAUACCGAUGAGGAAAAAGUUGGUCUCUUGCUAAAGCUGAAGGAAAAGGAUGACAAAAUCGCCAAAUUGCUCGAGGAGCACAAGAAGCUCGAAGCUGAGGUUAAAUCAUGCAAGGAAAAUCUCGAUUUGUCAGAAAAAAAGAUAGAAGAGUUGAUCCAGCAGCUCGAAAAAGAAGUCGAAAUAAAAGAUCAAGAAAUCAUUCAACUGGAAGAUAACAUCGAGGACCUGAAGAGGGACCUUGAGAUGAAAGACGACGAAAUCAAAACGAUGUUGGAGAACAUGCGAAAUAUUGAGGUCAAGCAGCGGCUGACGAGCCAGAAGCUCCGUAUUACCGAACAACUACUGAGCGAGAAAGAUGAGAGCUACCUGAGGAAAGAAGAGAAGCUUCUGGAAGAACAUAAAUCAUUAGAAGAGAAAGCUCUUGUGCUGUCUGGCAUAAUCACUGUAUACAAAGAAGCUCACACGAAAAUCGUGUCUGAAAUUUCCGAAAAAGUAAACAACACAUUGGCCGGGUUCGAUGCCUUCCACGUCAAGUUCGAGGAGGAUUAUGGUCACUUAGAGUCACGUGUUUAUGAAAUCUCGAACGAGCUCAAGGCCGCCACAAGCUGCAUCAAGAAGGAAAAUGCCCGUUUAGGUCAAGAAUUGAGCGUAGAGAAGAAUAAGGGGUUGGUAUUGGAAAAUAAAGUUGGCGAGCUGGAGAAUAAGUUGCAAGAAGAUGAGGACAAAAGGAGAAGUUUGGUGGAGAUGAUGAGACUAAGGGAGGAGAAAGUGGGUGAGCUCGAGAAAUUGGUGGCUAAUAUGGAAGAAAAAAUGGGGGAUUUGGAAAGAACAAUGAAGGAGAAGGAAACAGGAUUUGUAAAUUUGAGUGAGGAGAAAAGAGAGGCCAUAAGGCAGUUGAGUGUUUUGAUCGAGUACCAUCGUAAUAGGUACGAUGAUCUCAAGGGCAUGCUAGCGAAAACGAGAGGAGGAAUAAAUCAGGUGGCUGUUUGA